AAGACCAGGUCAGGCUCAGUUACAACACACUAUUUUAUACCUCCACAGCUGAAGACCCUACAACAAUCAAGGGUUACUUGUGAUAAUGAUAGCUGAACGUGCCCAGUGUCUGUGCAAUUAACCCUAACAAGGAAUCAACACCUUAAAGAAAACGGAGAAUACAGGCAAAGAAAGUUGAAGAGCUGGGGUCAUGACAACACGUUGGGUUAAACUUUGGAUUGGAAAUGUUAUUUUGACAACAGCUGCAAUAGCUUUAUCUCCAUGUAAUUUCAGUGACACAACAUGUGAUUACAGUGGAAAGAAUUUGACAUCGAUUCCUUAUGAUCUGCCUGCUAACACAACAAAGUUGAAGCUCAUGAAUAAUAACAUUUCUUUAACUCAUAAUGAUGUUCAAGUUCUUUCAAAUUUAACCCAGCUUAAAGAACUGUAUCUUGGAUACAACCUCAUCUUCAAAUUACUUUCAGGAACAUUCAAUAAUUUAAAAAAUUUGGAUGUACUGGAACUACACAGUAACUACCUUACACAUGUUGAGAAGGAUAUUAUGAAACAUCUGAAUUUAUCACAUUUAACUCUAUAUGGAAAUCACUGGAACUGUAGUUGUGGCUUUCUCGGUUUCCAGAGAUGGCUUAAUGAGUCACGAGUACACCUAGGUAAUGCGAACAUCACAACAUGCGAAGCACCAGAAGAAAUGCAAUUCUACACUUUUGAAGAAGCUCUUAUCAAGAGGAAUGGAUGUUUUUCAGUCUCCAGCUUAACAUCAUCUCCAGAUAAAUCAACUGUCAAAAGUACAUUUGGCACAACCUUAUCAGAAAGCAUGCACAAUGCAGCAAUGCAAAUUCCAACUGUGGCUGGACAAAAUAACACUGCGAAUCAAAUAAAUGGCUCAGAUCAAUCCAAAUUUGGGAAAUCCUGGAAAUUAGUGGCUGGUGUCAUGGCAACAUCAAUUGGCAUAUCUUCGAUACUCGUCCUCUUUGCAAAAUUCAUCAAAUGGUACAAUUGCUUGUUUGCCUACCAUCAUCAUCGACUGCAGGAAGAACCAGAUCUCUAUAUGGAAAGUACAUCUACACAGACAACCCAUAAUAUCCCACAAACAUCAAAAGAAGCUAAAAGCAAUAAACAACAAACUGAAGCAAGGUCCAUUCCUCACAAUGUUUCUGAUGAUGAUGAAUAUAUUGAAGAUGUUUAUAUAGAUUCUAUAGGUUUCACUCAUUGUGAGCAAUAACUAUGUAGAUGGUAUAGACUUGUUCCAGGAAGGCUACCUAAUUUAGCUGACUGUGCAGGAAAGGCAAUUAGUUAAAUCAGUCACACAUCAAUAACACAGCCAAAAGCUACCAUGCUUAUAGCUUGCUUACUUGAAAAGUUAUUGAAUUGUAUUUUUAACAUAGACUUAUCUUGUGUCAAGCAGAAGAAAAAUCUUGAA